AGUUUUAGGUGUUAGCGGCGACGCUAGGUGGUGGUGGUGGUUGUGGUUUUUGAAGUGAGUGAAGUAGGAAUGGCGAUGACGCAAGGGGUGCAGAAGAACACGUUGUACGUGGGAGGGUUAGCGGAGGAGGUCAACGAGUCAAUCCUCCACGCCGCCUUCAUCCCCUUCGGCGACAUCAAGGACGUCAAGACGCCGCUCGACCAGGCCACGCAGAAGCACCGCUCAUUCGGCUUCGUCACCUUCCUCGAACGCGAAGAUGCCACCGCCGCCAUGGACAACAUGGACGGUGCCGAGCUCUACGGCCGCGUCCUCACCGUCAACUACGCCCUCCCCGAACGCAUCAAAGGCGGUGAACAGGGCUGGGCCGCCCAACCUAUUUGGGCGGAUGCCGAUACCUGGUUUGAGCGCCAGCAGCAGGAGGAGGAGAUGCGGCGGAUUGAGGCCGAGAAUCGCGCGGCGAUGCAGGCGGCGGAGGACUUGCACCGAAAACAAGUGGCUGAACAGCGAGAGGGAGAGAAGGAAGAAGAAAUUGAGAUCAAGGAUGAUCCUAUGGCCAAUGCUGAAGCUGAGGUUCUACGACAAUAGAUUACGGUGAUCUGUCAAAUCGGAGCAACUUGGUGAGUGAAUAUCUAAUGUGAUUUUGUAAGGAUACAAUCUAGAAUCUCAUGCGAACAUCUAAACCCUCUAUCAAUAGGCUGACCUUGGUGGGUCAUUUGUAAUGUGAGAUAAAUCUUGUGUAUGAUUACUUAUUUCUAUAGAUUAUGAAACAGGAUAGCUAGUCAUAUGAAACCACCAUUCUUUGGAAAAGAAGUUAAAUUCCGUUGGGUA